GAGAUGCAGGGCUGGCGGUUCACCAUGGAGGACGCGCAUACCAUUGCUCUGAACCUCGAUGAAAGCGAAGAUGACACGAACACUUUCUUCGCUGUAUACGAUGGUCACGGCGGCGGUGCAGCGGCGAAGUAUGCUGGCGAGAACGUACACAAGAAGCUCAAGUCCGAUGAGGCAUACCAGCACAAAGAGUACCGUGCAGCCCUCAAGAACGCAUUUCUGGGCACUGAUGAUGACAUGCGACACGCGCCCGAGAUGCAAAGGGAUGGAUCAGGAUGCACCGCAGUCGCGGCGCUCGUCACAAAGGAGGGCAAAAUAUUCGUGGCUAAUGCAGGCGACUCGCGGUCGGUCAUCAGUGUGAAGGGGGAGGCGAAACCGCUCAGUUUUGACCACAAACCGCAGAACGAAGUCGAGAAGAGCCGAAUCGCCGCGGCUGGUGGUUACAUUUCAUUUGGUCGUGUUAAUGGGAAUCUCGCCCUCGCACGCGCAUUGGGCGAUUUCGACUACAAGCGGAACGACGCGCUCUCACCGGAAGCUCAGAUUAUCACAUGUGACCCGGAGAUCACUGAGCAUGACAUGACGGACGAAGACGAAUUCUUUGUCGUCGCAUGUGAUGGCAUCUGGGACUGUCUUAGCUCGCAGCAAUGUGUGGACGUCAUUCGUCUCAUGAUCUCCCAAGGAAAGGAUCUGUCUCAAGUUUGCGAGGAGAUAUGCGAGCUAUGCCUUGCGCCUGACACGAAUUCCGGCGCGGGUAUCGGCUGCGACAACAUGACCAUCCUCAUUGUUGCGGUCCUGCACGGACGCACGAUUGAGGAAUGGUACAAGUGGAUCGCCGAGCGGACGCAGCAGCAAUACGGACACACGACUCCGGAAGAGCUACCGCAGCUCUACUCCCAGAGCAGGCUUGCUUCCUUCAGGGCACGACGUGAGGCAUGGGAGGCACGCAGGGCCCAGCGCGAGGCGCAUAACGCGUCCUCAAGCUCGUCCCCUGAUCGGGAGCAGCGCUUCAGCGAUGGUGAGGACGAGAACCUCAGUGGACCGGGGAUGUUUGGUGGCUUCGCCCGGGUACUGGGGAGCACGGGCGGCAUCUCGUUCCACCCAAGCACAGGCCUCACGAUCGAUGCACCCUUGAUGUUCGACAACGACGAUGAUGACGAUAACGACAGCGACGAGGCGGAUAUGGAGGAUGUGAUGGGGAUCUACCCCGCGGGCGGGGGCGAGGGCCACGACCUCCCCAUGUUUCGGCGGGAUGCGACGAAGAGCCUCAAGGAGCAGCUCGACGAACUCGAACGGGAAGACAACGAAGGGGACGUCGACAUGCAACAGAACGAGCAGUGGCAGAACGAUCCGUCGGUCAACGGAGACGCUACGCCCCAACCGCAGCACGCGACCCCGCCAGGCGGGGACGAGCCGAGUCCGGUGGUGAAGGCGGAGGGGCUGCUGGACAAGAGCGAGGACCCGCUCAAGGUGUAGCAUAAUGGUACAUACCAUACCCGUCCCGUUGUUUUCUGUUUUCUGUACUGUGUGGCUGAGCUAUAUCUAUUUGUCGGCGUCUGACUGUCUAGUGUCUCAUACCUUUCCCUCCCACCUCCAUCCAUGCCCAUUGUUGUCGCGGUGUAUCAAUCAGGCUGCCAUUCACGACUACGCGUACAACUGGAGCUAAUAC